UAGGUAUACAAUACACAACGCUUAUGCAGCAGCUGCAGCAGUAUGCAGCAAACGACGAGCAGCUGAUCGUUAUUUCCGUUUUCCCGUGACCAAACAAGAGAUUUCGAGGCGCAAUUUGUGCGAAUUCAGUGAUGUUUUGAUUGCGCCUGGCCGAUCGUCGCCGAUACUCAGAUCGUUGCAUCGCUGGCCUUGCCUUACGCACAUCGCAGCGCACCGGCCAUGGAGCACGAGGGACGCAACGCCGAGGCGAUGGACGCCUUGGAUCGGCCUUUCAGCUGCCUCCUGUUAAGACAUGCAAGCCAGAAUUCUCUUGAUGAGAGUAGUCAGAAGCAUGGACCCCGACCAAAUGGCAAGGAGAAGGAAUACUCAUAUCACAACAGCAAUCACACUGUCAAGUCAUUUGAAACAUUGAAUCUCAUGAGAAAACAGAAGCAAUUGUGUGAUGUGACGCUUGUUGCUGAGAACGUGGAGAUCACCGCACAUCGCAUGGUGCUCGCGUCUUGCUCGCCGUAUUUUUACGCGAUGUUUAAUAGCUUCGAGGAGAGCAAGCAGGAUAAAAUCACGUUGCAAGGGGUUGAUAGCCAUGCGCUUUCGCUGAUUGUGAAUUACAUUUACACGGCGGAGGUUUUGGUCACCGAGGAGAACGUGCAGGUGCUGCUGUCGGCCGCCAAUUUAUUGCAACUCACCGACGUGCGGGAUGCGUGCUGUGAUUUUUUACAGAGUCAGCUGCAUCCGUCUAAUUGCCUCGGAAUUCGGCAGUUUGCCGAUUUACACGGAUGCCUUGAACUACUCAAAUAUGCUGAAGCUUAUAUUGAACAACAUUUUAUGGAGGUUGUUGAGGGCGAAGAAUUCCUUUCGCUGACCUCUGAACAAGUCUCGAAGUUGAUCUGCAGCGAUCGUCUUAUUGUUCCAACCGAAGAGAAGGUCUUCGAGUGCGUUGUGGGCUGGGUACAGCAUGAUAUGGAAUCGCGUCAGGACCAUCUUUCGCAGCUGAUGGAACACGUGCGCUUGCCACUGAUGUCGCAGGAGUAUCUCAUGCAGCGAGUGGAAGAGGAGCCGUUGCUCAAGUGUGAUCUAAAAUGCAAGGAUUACCUGAUUGAGGCCUUCAAAUAUCAUCUGCUCAAGGGCGAUAGCAAGAUUUCUUUCAUUACGCCACGCACUAAACCUCGUCAACCUGUCGGACUGCCAAAAGUAUUAUUGGUAGUCGGCGGGCAAGCACCCAAAGCCAUUCGGAGUGUAGAAUGUUACGACUUCAAAGAAGAGCGUUGGUAUCAGGUUGCUGAAAUGCCCACCAGGCGAUGUCGCGCUGGCCUCGCAGUACUCAAUGGUAAAGUAUAUGCCGUUGGUGGUUUUAAUGGCUCGCUGCGUGUGCGUACUGUGGACGUAUACGACGCCAGUCUGGAUCAGUGGUCGGUGUGUCAGAGCAUGGAGGCACGUCGAUCGACGCUGGGUGUUGCUGUUCUCGGCAAUUGCAUCUACGCUGUUGGUGGAUUCGAUGGUUCUACCGGCCUGAACACGGCGGAGAUGUAUAAUCCGGCCGUGCAGCGCUGGACGCCGAUUGCAUCAAUGUCAACGAGACGAAGUAGCGUCGGCGUCGGUGUGGUGAACGGAUUGUUAUACGCUGUGGGCGGAUAUGAUGGCUCGUCACGACAAUGCCUCAGCUCUGUGGAGUGUUACAAUCCGGAGAACGACGCGUGGUCAUGCGUUACAGACAUGAUCUCCCGACGCAGCGGCGCUGGGGUGGGUGUCUUGGAGGGUAUUCUGUACGCGGUUGGCGGACACGAUGGACCGUCAGUGCGACGAUCGGUGGAAGCCUAUGAUCCGUCCGCGAAUGUCUGGAGGGCCGUUACUGACAUGAAUAGCUGUCGCAGGAACGCUGGCGUGAUUGCGAUGAACGGUUUAUUGUAUGUCGUUGGUGGCGACGAUGGCUUCAGCAAUCUGGCCAGUGUAGAGGUGUAUAAUCCGAAGACACAGACGUGGACGCUCACCACUUCAUGCAUGAGCAUCGGACGCAGUUACGCUGGUGUGGCAAUAAUUAAUAAACCCAUAUGAAAUU